GCAGCCUAUCUUCUCUGCUUGGCCAAGAGGGAAUACUAGUGCUUAGAGAGAGAGAGAGAGCGAGAGAGAGAGAGAGAGAGAGAGAGAGAGAGAGAGAGAGAGAGGCGGAGUAGGAAAGUUGAAGUUAAAGACAAUUGGAUUGGCUGUUCUCGGACUUACACUGCAAGCAUGGGGCUGGGAAGAGGGAAGGAUGAGUACAAACUGGCAGCAACCUCUGAUGGCGGGGACAAGAAAAGCAAGAAGGCGAAAGAGAAAAAGAAUAUGGAUGACCUGAAGAAAGAAGUAGAUUUGGAUGAUCACAAGCUCACCUUGGAUGAGCUUCAUAGGAAAUAUGGAACUGACCUGGCCAGGGGUCUGUCCUCCUCCAAAGCACAGGAGAUUCUGCUCCGGGAUGGCCCGAACGCCCUCACGCCACCACCCACCACACCUGAGUGGGUGAAGUUCUGUAGACAGCUUUUUGGAGGUUUUUCUAUGCUUCUCUGGAUCGGUGCCAUCCUUUGCUUCCUUGCUUACGGGAUCCAGGCUGCUUCUGAAGAUGAACCUGCUAAUGACAAUUUGUACCUUGGCGUUGUGCUCUCUGCUGUUGUGAUCAUCACCGGUUGCUUCUCCUACUACCAAGAGGCCAAGAGCUCCAAGAUUAUGGAAUCCUUCAAAAAUCUGGUCCCACAGCAAGCCUUGGUUAUUCGUGAUGGCGAGAAGAAUAACAUAAAUGCUGAGGAUGUGGUGGCAGGAGACCUGGUGGAGGUAAAAGGUGGCGACAGAAUUCCCGCUGAUCUGCGAAUCGUCUCUGCCCAUGGUUGCAAGGUGGACAACUCCUCUUUGACUGGUGAAUCUGAGCCACAGACUCGUACUCCAGACUUCUCCAACGACAACCCACUAGAGACAAGGAACAUCGCUUUCUUCUCCACCAACUGCGUUGAAGGCACAGCCAGAGGAAUCGUCAUCAACACCGGAGAUCGCACUGUCAUGGGUCGCAUCGCUACCCUGGCGUCAAGUCUGGAAGGUGGCAAAACUCCCAUUGCCAUUGAGAUCGAGCACUUCAUCCACAUCAUUACUGGUGUAGCUGUCUUCCUGGGUGUGUCCUUCUUUAUCCUCUCCCUCAUUCUUGGGUACGGGUGGCUGGAGGCUGUCAUCUUCCUCAUUGGGAUUAUUGUUGCCAACGUGCCGGAGGGUCUCCUGGCAACUGUCACUGUAUGUCUGACUCUGACUGCCAAGCGUAUGGCUAAGAAGAACUGCUUGGUGAAGAAUUUGGAAGCCGUCGAGACCCUGGGCUCCACCUCCACCAUCUGUUCAGACAAGACUGGAACCUUGACCCAAAACAGGAUGACAGUUGCCCACAUGUGGUUCGACAACCAGAUUCAUGAGGCAGACACCACUGAGAACCAGAGUGGGACAUGCUUUGACAGGAGCUCUGACUCCUGGGCUGCCCUGGCUAGAAUUGCUGGACUAUGUAACCGUGCUGUCUUCUUGGCAGAGCAGAGCAACAUUCCCAUCCUAAAGAGGGAUGUAGCCGGAGAUGCCUCUGAGGCUGCCCUGCUCAAAUGCAUUGAGUUGUGUUGUGGAUCUGUCAAAGACAUGCGAGGCAAAUACCAAAAGGUUGCUGAGAUCCCCUUCAACUCCACUAACAAGUACCAGCUCUCCAUCCAUAAGAACUCAACCCCGGGAGAGACCAAACAUCUGCUGGUCAUGAAAGGUGCCCCAGAGAGGAUUUUGGAUCGCUGCUCCACAAUCAUGGUACAGGGCAAAGAACAGCCACUAGAUGAGGAAAUGAAAGACGCUUUCCAGAAUGCCUAUGUUGAACUGGGAGGACUUGGAGAGAGAGUGCUUGGUUUCUGCCAUUUCAAUUUGCCUGAUGACCAGUUCCCAGAGGGCUUUGCAUUUGACACUGAUGAGGUAAACUUUCCCACUGAGAAGUUGUGCUUUAUUGGCCUCAUGUCCAUGAUCGAUCCUCCUCGUGCUGCUGUGCCAGAUGCUGUUGGCAAAUGCAGGAGUGCUGGAAUCAAGGUUAUUAUGGUAACAGGUGACCAUCCAAUCACAGCCAAGGCCAUCGCGAAGGGCGUGGGCAUCAUCUCUGAGGGCAAUGAGACCGUUGAAGACAUUGCAGCUCGCUUGAAUGUUCCAGUGUCAGAGGUCAAUCCCAGGGAUGCUAAGGCCUGUGUUGUCCAUGGCGGGGAGCUGAAGGAGAUGACCACAGAACAGCUUGAUGACAUCCUGAAGUACCACACUGAGAUUGUUUUUGCCAGAACCUCCCCUCAACAGAAACUAAUCAUUGUGGAAGGCUGCCAGCGACAGGGAGCCAUUGUUGCUGUGACUGGUGAUGGCGUCAAUGACUCUCCAGCUCUGAAGAAGGCCGACAUUGGUGUCGCCAUGGGGAUUGCCGGAUCUGACGUCUCCAAGCAGGCAGCUGACAUGAUCCUGCUCGAUGACAACUUUGCCUCCAUUGUUACAGGAGUAGAAGAAGGCCGUCUGAUCUUUGACAACUUGAAGAAGUCCAUUGCUUACACACUAACCAGCAACAUUCCUGAGAUUUCUCCCUUCCUCCUCUUUAUCAUUGCUAAUAUCCCCCUGCCUCUGGGAACAGUCACUAUCCUCUGUAUCGACUUGGGAACUGACAUGGUUCCUGCCAUCUCAUUGGCUUAUGAAGCAGCUGAAAGCGAUAUCAUGAAGAGACAGCCUAGAAACCCCAAAACCGACAAACUGGUGAACGAGAGGCUUAUCAGCAUCGCCUACGGACAGAUUGGUAUGAUGCAGGCCACAGCAGGCUUCUUCACAUACUUUGUGAUUCUGGCAGAGAACGGCUUUCUGCCCAUGGAUUUACUGGGAAUUCGAAUGCUCUGGGAUGACAAACAUGUAAAUGACUUGGAGGACAGCUAUGGGCAGCAAUGGACAUACGAGCGUAGGAAGAUUGUUGAGUUCACCUGCCACACAUCCUUUUUUGCAAGUAUCGUCAUCGUGCAGUGGGCUGAUCUGAUAAUCUGCAAGACCAGGAGGAACUCCAUCCUGCAGCAGGGCAUGAAGAACCGUAUUCUUAUUUUCGGACUGUUUGAAGAGACCGCCCUGGCUGCUUUCCUGUCAUACUGUCCUGGCAUGGACAUUGCCCUGAGAAUGUACCCUCUCAAGCCAUGCUGGUGGUUCUGUGCCUUCCCCUAUUCGUUGCUUAUCUUCCUCUAUGAUGAGGCAAGAAGAUACAUCCUCAGACGCAACCCAGGCGGUUGGGUGGAGCAGGAGACCUACUACUGAGCCACAGUUGGACAUAAUUUACUGCCAUGUUACAUACUAGUUUGAGGCAUCACACAAAUUCCAUCAAUAAGUUAAUUUAUUGAUUUACAUGUCAAUAAAACCUGACUCAACUAUUAUGUAAAACAA